AUGGCACUGAGUAUCCUAUUGUGUUGUAAUAGUCUUGCUGGAGACCUGAAGGUGUGUCUCUGCCUUUAUAAAUACCAUGCUGCUUUUACAACUAGCUCUGAUUCUUUUGAAAGAGACGAGUUGCAUCAGGAGUUGUGUUUGGGUAUCUCCAAGCCCUCUGCAAGGCAGAUAGCAAGCAAAACAGAGACCAUGUGGAUCAAAAGCUUUGGACUUCUUUGUGUGUUGAUUCUGGUCUCCCAGAUGCUACUAGCCAACUGUGAAAGACAGAAGGAAAGAAAAAAGGGAAGACAAGGCAUAGAAGACGGUGGAAAAAACCAAACUGAAUCUAACCAAGAAAAUGAAAAAGGGCGGAAGUCAAAAGGAGGAAAAUCAUCUCCUAAAGGCAAGUUUAAAACCAAAGAAAAUGCUGAGUGCACCUGGGCAGUGACUGACAUGAAUGCUGCUACUGUGCACGUAGAGUGCAAGCAUGGUGACAGCGAGUUCUGGUGCGAAUUCUCUGGAGACCCUUCCACCUGUGCACAGUAUGCAGCAAACCAGAAAUCCUACUGGAAACAAGUCUCCCGAUCCCUAAAGAAGCAGAAGCAGAUCUGUCAAGACCCCAAAAGUGUCCUAAAAUCUAAAGUAUGUAGGAAAGGCCCACGAAGCGCUCAUCUCAAGUUGACCCGCUCAAGCCUACUAACAUCAGUGGGUCCUGCAAAAGGGAACACAAUUCAUCAUGCAAAAGAAGUUGUUCAGACUCCAGCAGCUGCCUCUGUGACUGAAAAAAAGCUAGAACACAGUCCUCAAGACUGCGUUGAAGACAUAGAUUAUAUUGAUCAGAAAAAGGUGGCUGAGGAAUACUGUCCAGAAAGCUUGCUUUCUUUAUGCAACUUUUUUAUCACAAUGGUCCAAGACAAAAAAUGCUGAGGAAGUGUUUCUAAAGCUCUGUAUCAUGAAAGUCCAAUCUCAUCUAAGUUACUGCAAACUAUUCCAGAUUUUAUUCUCAUGUUAUAUAGUGUAUAUAAGAAAAAAAGGAAUAUAUUUUUCUGCUUUUGUAUAUACACAACAGACUACACUUGAUAUAGUUGAAGAUGUUAUAGAUUUUAUUUGCAUGUAGAUUGCUGCAAAGGUGUUACCAAUGGAUGUUACAUACUCUAUACAGAAGUAUAUAAGUAGUCUCCUUGCCCCUCUUUGAGCUGUGCUAGCCAAAGUGAUGAAUUCAGUGCUAUGCACUUCUUGGUUAUGUACAAUACUUUUGACCUAAAAGUUAUUAAGAAAAAUAAACCUCAAAAUAUAUUCAAAAUAUUC